AGCAGGGACGGCAAUGACGGAGCGCUACAGCUUCAACAGCGGAACAAAGAACACCCUCCACUGGGAGGACUAUGUUGUGUUUGGAGGUACACUUGUCAUCCCUGCCGGGAUUGGCCUCUACCAUGCGAUCAAGGACAGGAAGAAAAACAGCCCGUCAGAGUUUCUGGUUGGAAACCGUCAGAUGGGCACUAUCCCUGUAGCUUUGUCCGUGACGGUGUCCUUUAUGUCAGCGUUGACGUUGCUUGGGAUGCCUGCCGAAGUCUACAACUACGACACGAUGCUCUGGUGGCUUGCCCUCGGCAUGGUAAUGGCCGUGGCUGGAGCAGCGCAUCUCUUUCUGCCUUUUCUGUACAGGCUUGGGGUAACCAGCGUCUAUGAGUACCUCGAACUGAGAUUUGGGAAGCGAGUUCGGAUACUGGCAUCUCUUAACUGGAUUAUUCAAGUGCUGAUGUACAUGGCCUUUGUACUUUUUGCCCCAUCACUGGCGCUUUAUUCAGUAACUGGUCUGGACUUACGGCUGUCAAUCUCUUCUGUUGGAAUAUUAGUGACCUUCUACACAGCUCUGGGAGGGAUGAAGACAGUGUUAUGGACGGACAGUCUACAGACAAUCAUCAUGGUUCUUGGGCUCAUCUCUCUGCUGGUUCAGGGAUCCCUGGUAGUGGGAGGAUUCUCUAAGGCCUGGGAAACUGCAAGGGAGAGGACCCGCCUACGAUUCUUUGAUUUCAACCCCAGCCCGGGGGUGCGGCAUUCGGUGUGGUCUUUGGUUGUGGGUGGAGGAAUCACGUGGAUGUCCUAUCUGGGGGUUAACCAAGUGCAGAUUCAGAGACUCAUGUCCUGUCCUACCCUCAGAAAGGCGAAAACAGCGCUGUGGUUGAGUUCUAUAGGCCUUGUAGUCAUUGUGACUUUGUGCAUACUGAUAGGGGUGCUCAUACACGCAUUCUACAAGGACUGUGACCCAUUAAAGUUCAAUGACCUCAUAUCUAGUUCUGAUCAGUUACUUCCACUGUUUGCAAUGGACAUAUUCGCAACCACCCCUGCUCUACCAGGCAUUUUUCUAGCAUGCAUUUUCAGCGGGAGCUUAAGCACGCUGUCGUCGGGUCUAAACGCCGUUGCUGCAGUCAUUUUGGAGGACUACAUCCGGCCCUACUGCUGCAUCACCAUCACCGACUUCAGGGCCACUGUCGUCUCGAAAUGUCUUGUGAUCCUUUUUGGAGCAUUGAGUCUGGCUUUGGCGUACGUUGUUUCAUCUUUGGGAAAUAUUUUUCAGGGCAUGGCCUUGAGAGUAGUUUGA